CUCCCCCGCGCUCCCGGCACACUCUGGGCUGCUUGGCACGCCCCCUCUCGUUCCACUGCGUCUCGCGCCCUGCGCUCAUCCCCGAGGGGCCCCUGCAACCUCUCCGCGCGAAGACGGCUCCAGCUCUGCAGGGAAAGAAAAGUAGCUUCGCUUUUCUCGGAGGAACCAGGAAGGAUUAAGCGGCCUGGGAGAGGGCAGGAGCUCGCAGAGGGUGGAAGGACUGUGGAGUGAGACGCGCUCGGGCAAAGACUAUGUAAUCGCCUUGGUGCCUGUACAGAGGACUGAGCUUCGGGGAGGGAAGAGGAGGGAUCGGCUUGCUCCUCGGCGACUCGGCAGGCGGAGUUUCGCAGCGGCGGCACCAGGGCUGUGCCCGCCCGCGGGGAGGUCGCUCCAUCCAGCCCCGGCGGCCGCGAGAGUCCGAGCGCCGGACCGCGGUAGUCGGCGGGGGUGAGAGAGAGCGAGAUCGAGCUCUAGGGCGCGAGGGAGCGGGCCGGGGGUCCGGGAGGAGGCGAGCAGCGGCCACGAGCGAGCCGAGCGCGCCCCCCGCCCGCCCCAGCGGCGCCGUGCCGGGCGGCGUCCGGGCGGCAUGGAGAAGGACGGCCUGAGCCGUGCCGACCAGCAGUACGAAUGCGUGGCGGAGAUUGGGGAGGGCGCCUAUGGGAAGGUGUUCAAGGCCCGGGACCUGAAGAACGGAGGCCGUUUCGUGGCGCUGAAGCGCGUGCGAGUGCAGACCGGCGAGGAGGGCAUGCCGCUCUCUACCAUCCGCGAGGUGGCGGUGCUGAGGCACCUGGAGACCUUCGAGCACCCCAACGUGGUCAGGUUGUUUGAUGUGUGCACAGUGUCACGAACAGACAGAGAAACCAAACUAACAUUAGUGUUUGAACAUGUUGAUCAAGACUUGACCACUUAUUUGGAUAAAGUUCCAGAGCCUGGAGUGCCCACUGAAACCAUAAAGGAUAUGAUGUUUCAGCUUCUCCGAGGUCUGGACUUUCUUCAUUCUCACCGAGUGGUACAUCGUGAUCUAAAACCACAGAACAUUCUGGUGACCAGCAGUGGACAAAUAAAACUGGCUGACUUCGGCCUUGCCCGCAUCUACAGUUUUCAGAUGGCUCUUACCUCAGUGGUCGUCACGCUGUGGUACAGAGCUCCAGAAGUCUUGCUUCAGUCCAGCUACGCCACCCCUGUGGACCUCUGGAGUGUUGGUUGCAUAUUUGCAGAAAUGUUUCGUAGAAAGCCGCUUUUUCGUGGAAGUUCGGAUGUCGAUCAGCUAGGAAAAAUCUUGGAUGUAAUUGGACUCCCGGGAGAAGAGGACUGGCCUAGAGAUGUUGCCCUCCCCAGGCAGGCUUUUCACUCAAAAUCUCCUCAACCAAUUGAGAAGUUUGUAACAGAUAUUGAUGAACAAGGCAAAGACCUACUUCUGAAGUGCUUGACAUUUAAUCCAGCCAAAAGAAUAUCGGCCUACAGUGCCCUGUCUCACCCAUACUUCCACGACCUGGAGAGGUGCAAGGAAAACCUGGAUGCCCACCUGCCGCCCAGCCAGAACAGCUCAGAAAUGAAUACAGCCUGAGCUGCCUUGAGCUGAUCAUCCGGAGAACCUCCUUGGUAGCUGAUGGGUCCCCUGAGUAAGCCCUGCAGAGCUGCUGAGGAUCACUGGCUGGAGACCUAGCUGCCAUCUUCUGGAUGGGCUCUGCUUCUCUGAGGAAACAGCCUCGUUUACUGUUUUGAAAUCAAUGCAAGAGUGAUUGCAGCUUUAUGUUCAUUCGUUUGUUUGUUUGUCUGUUUGUUUUAAGAACCUGGAAAAAUUCCAGAAGAGAAGCUGCUGACCAAUUGUGCUGCCAUUUCAUUUUUCUGAUCUUGAAUGCUGCCCGUGUGAAGUGAGCAAUCCAGACACAGCUGAGUUAUGAUGUAAUCUCUCUGCAGGUGCUGGAGCCUGAUUUGGUACUUUUGAGUGAGUGUGUGUGCGUGUGCAUGUGUGUGCGUGUGUGUGUGUGUGUGUGUGUGAUUCUUGAUCUCUUAAAAAGUGUUACUUUCUGUAAACAACAAGAAUAAUUGAAUUUUAAAGGCUCAAAGUGACCGCUAAAUAACAGGUGUCUGUUGACUAAAGGUGAUUCACCAAAAUGGGCUUCUCAGAUUUAAAGUUGAGCCUAUGUCCUUAGCAUUUCUUUUCUGGCCCAAAGCAGUAAAUUUGCUAAUAGUAAAAGGUCCACUAUCUAGGUGAAGUUUUAUACACACAGCAAAAAGAAAAAAAAAAAAUUCUACUAUCUUUUAAGAAACCUGUUUUUUGAAGCACAAAUUCUAUUUACUUUUCAAAAAGCUCAUUUACUCCUUGUAAUUUUAACCUGUAUAAUGUGCUUUAUUGUUUCUUUUGAAAAAUACCUAUAAGCUUUUCCUUAACUUGCUAUAGAUUUAGGGAGUGUACCUCAACUAGGUAAAAUCGUCAAAAAAUAAUAGAGAAAGCCUUUAUUUCCUGGUUUGGAAUUUAUUUUCUUUGUGGGUUUUGUUGUUAUUUUGUUUUGGUUUUGAUUUUAGGAAUUUGUCAGAAACUGUUCCCUGUUUGGGUUUGGAGGAUAGUUCUCUCUGACUAGAGACAGGAAUGGCAUUUAAGUUUUCCCCCACCUAUUACACUGUACUUUUUCUACCGUGCACUGCCUCAUUUGCAAAGUAUCCAUCUUAUCUAUCCGCCAGCGCAUCUAGUAUGUAUUACUACCCUUACACAAUUAAUAACAGAUUGCUUAAGCUGUUCUCAUGCACCUCCUACUUUCUUUCUUUCAAUGAACCUUUCAUAAAUAGUUUGAUUCAGAUUUAUGGCUUAUGGCUCCAAUUCCACAAUCCUAACAGAGUCCCAUAUGUUCUCCCUCUACUGCAAUCUUCCUGCCUGGCAUUUGGCAUUUACGGUUGUUACCUAGGCAAUGAGUAGAAGACUGGUUCUUCUCAAUCACCAGCAAGUAGACUGCUUUAAAGUGUAACUUAGUGUUUUACAGCUUUAUAGAAUAUAUUGUCAGUGUAGUAUCUGAGGGAAUGUCCUUAACUAUUUUUUAGAAAUAUAUAUUUACUCUAUAAAAUUACCUAUUCUCCGUCGCCAGGCUGUGCUUGUUUCUAGUGCCUUAUGCACAUGCCCGCUCUCUGCAGAGCCAGCCUGACCUGGGCAUUGUGAACAGCUUUACUUUUCCUCUUGCCAUUUUCUCUACAGUACUUUAUAUUCCAUACCAUCUCUGCCUUCUGUGUGGUUAGUGCUCAGUCGGCUUUAGUAACCAGAAGACACAGAGAUGAAGUAUCUUUUGGUAAGUUUAGCUAAUUUCGCUUCCUGAUUCAUGUUUUACGAGCAUGCAACAGUUAGACUGUGUUUAGAGUUAGGGUUUUCAAAGAAUGGACAUUGCUUCCCUCAGAAGAAAACGUGCCAGAUGAUGUUUAUGCACAAUCAGGCCUUUCUGAGUUCUCCACAGCUUAAUAUUGUAUACAACUAUCUUUAUAUAUAUAUAUAUAUAUAUAUAUAUAUAUAGUUUAACAUUGUUCUAAUUCAGUAACUUCAAGAGCAGGAAAAUUUUUCUAAAGCAAGAUAUGAUGAGAAGAUGGGCCAUAAGAAUGUUUUAUACUUUCUUCCUUGUGACAACAUCGAUUAUAUUUUGUCAUCUCUGUAAAUGCUUGAGAUAUAAUGAAUCCAGAGCAUUCAGGUCAAGCGUACUUGCGGUCCCCCUGGAUAAAUGAGUUCUGCCUUUCCUUCGAUCGGGGGUCAGAACACAAAGACCAGGGGCCUAGAAGUUGAAUUUUAAAACUCACUGAACUAAUCCGUCAUGAGCUUUUCAGUUAGUAUCCAUGGUUAGAGUGAACAUAACUUGGGUUUUUGCUUUUGCAAAAGUUUUUCAUAAGUUCACUCAAGAAAAAUGCAGCUGUUCUAAACUGGAAUUUUUCAGCAUUCUUCAGCAUUUUAAACAUGUAGAGAGUUCAACUUUUAUUUCUAACAUAUGCUCCUGAUUCGUUUCUUGGUAGUGUUUAUAAAGAAAACUUAAAGCACAAACAUUUUGACAUUAGAUACUUGCCAGAUUCCCCUCUGAGAGGCAGAAGGAGAGGGCUUUUCAGCCUCUCUGAACUUGUUAACGAGUCUGUCCCCAGCUCUUCCAUCCGGUGGUUGUUGCACUUGAGUGAUUACUCUCAUUUUAUGUCUUUUACAUCCGCCUCACCACUUCUGAAAUCCAGAUCCCACACAAGCACCCUUUGCCAUUAGGGCACUUUGAAGCACAGAGCAGAAUACAAGCUUACUGAAUACAGCUUAUUCUUCUGCUACAUAUGGUUUCAAACAUGUUUGCCAAAAGCUAGGCAGUGGUUAGCUGAAAAGGUCAUACUGCCCCAGGGCUAUACUGAAGCAGCUUAUAGCAAGUAAGAAACAGGAUGACAGACUUGAACUCACAUUUGAAUUUCUUACUAGGACUGGGGCAAGAAUAUGCCUGAUAGUUUCUAUAUGAUAUUUAGUUCUAGUGGCCCAAGCUCUGGGAACUGCUGUGCUGGGGUGGAGUUGUAACAACCUGCAUUUAAAGAGUCCAUUUAGGCAUCAUAAGCUAUCACGUGGCAAAGCUAGUAAGGCCCUAACCUUAUAACCUUAAAAACACAAUCCCUGAGAGCUUGUCAGAACCCAGUGUGUUGGAGCCUCCCACUUUGUCUCUCCUUUGAAGUAGAUGGGAACUCAAGGAGCAAAGAACCUGUUUCCGAAGAAAGCUCCAGGCCAUUUCUGCCCUCUGUGUUCUCAUGAUUUUCUCUCAGGAAACACACUUUGAAUGGCAGAAUUUUCAUUUUGCCCCAGGUGACAUACUAAAAAUAGUUCAAAAUAUUCACCUAAGACCAGAAUCUCAGCCUUUUAGUUUUAGAUGAAAAUGAAAAUUUUGGAAUGCACAGGAUGUUAAUAUCUUAAAUAAAACAUGUACCUUUUCUUUUGUUUGUUUUUUGUUUCGGUACGCGGGCCUCUCACUGUUGUGGCCUCUCCCGUUGCGGAGCACAGGCUCCGGACGCGCAGGCUCAGCGGCCAUGGCUCACGGGCCCAGCCGCUCCGCGGCAUGUGGGAUCUUCCCGGACCGGGGCACGAACCCGUAUCUCUUGCAUCGGCAGGCGGACUCUCAACCACUGCGCCACCAGGGAAGCCCAAACAUGUACAUUUUAAUAGAGAAACUUAUGGUCUGACUCCAGAAUGUGAUACUCUCCAUCCUGAUGGAAAAAACAAAUAUUACCAAACUUUUGAAUCUUAAAUCAUGUAUUUAAAUUACGUUUUUAACUAACUAUAGCUGCUUCUCUUAAAAGUGGUACCUGUAAAAGUCAGUAAUGGUAAUUCUCAUUUCUUAAUGGAAAUUAAAUCAUGUAAGCUUCCUAAUAUCAUAAACAUUAAAAUUCUUCUCUCUAAAGAAUUACUUCUUUUUUUAAGUGACAACUUUACUGUAAUUUUUAUGAUAAGCACAUGAGAGUGUCUCACAUUUUCCAAAAACAGGCCUGUGUUGCAUAGGUGGGUCUAGGAAAGAAUAAUGUUGAAAGUUAGUAAGCCACUGUAAUUACUUGUGUUAGUACAGUUUCUUGGAAAGAAAAUAUUGAAAUAUGAUAAAUUCCUAGAUAUUGAUAGAAUUCAAAAGAAUGCAUAAAGACAAAAUGAUGUCUUUAUAAAAAAUAAAGAUGUGAUUUCUAAAUCUUUAAAAACCAUGAGACACUAGGCAAUGGAUAGAGGAAAUUCUGGAGAAAAUGAAAGUAUUCAAAGAAGGAUAGUUUCAAAGUUAUGUAUAUUUUGAAGGGUAUAUAUUUUAUUAACAUGUAUUGCAAGAAUUUAUAUUCAAGUCACCUGGCAACUAUGAACUUAAUAUGGGCAAAAACAAAUUUUAUGGGAAAGUCACUCCAAACAGUUACCAUUUCAAAGGUUGAGCUAAUCAUACUAAACCAUCCCUAUUCCUUCCUCAUUUCAUGGAAGGAAGCAGCCAUGUGAAGCUACACUUGUUAUGCAAGCCUAAAAAUGUUUGUUGUAAAAAAAAAUAAAUUUUUUAAAGGUGUGUUUCCUAUGUCACCAGGAUUUUUGAAAACUUGUGAAACCCAAACCAUUUAUCAUGUGCAUUCAGUACAUUCAGAUGUAUGAUUAGGAAGAUAAUUACAUGUUCCUUCCCCACAGUGGAAAAACUUCUCAAGGCUACCAAAAACCUGUCAAGCAGUGUAAGUCCUCAGAUAAUUAGUAGUGGUGUUUUCCUCAAAAGCAUAAGAAAAUAGCAUUUUCAUUUUUUAUCAAUGCAAUUUUCAACCUGGUUUUGUUACAUAUCUAUAUCUCAAGCAUUUCUAACUUGUACUUUUUCAGAAAAUAAACCAAAAAUAUUCCUUUGG